AUGAACGCUCGAUAUGAUCCACAUUUCCACAUCGAAGUCGGGACUGCCUUGAGACCACUUCGCAAGGAAGGCUAUCUCAUUAUCGGCUCCCGUGGUGCCGUGCAUAACCUUUAUCGCCAAAAAUGGGAAGCUAUGCUGCAGCAUCGAGACAAUUUCGCCCAACAGACGCCGCCUGAAGCGUGGGCUCUACAGUUCCGACAAUCGGUAGAGGUCUGGGUAACUCAGAACUCGGGACCACGACUGAGGAGCGCUCUUACUCGAUUAAUGAAGCACCCGCAGUAUAGAGACGCACAUGCUAGCGAUCACCACUUCAUGGCCGAACUGUUUGUGGCAGGAGCCGUUGGGGACAAAGAAGAUGAAGGCACCUACGGCAAAUUGUGUGUGGAGACCUGGGAAUUGACGAAUAUGUGA